GGCCUCCGUGCUUCAAGCUCUUUUUUGCGACAGGCUCUUGUCUUCCGAGGGCUUGUAGUUAUCGGAGGCGGGUUGCCGAGCUAGCAACCGAAGGGUGUGUGGGUGUGUGUGUGUAUUGCUGCUGCCUUGUCUCGCCAGGGCUCGUGGAGGAGGAUCUAUCGAGGGACACACCAUGAGGAGGGUCACAGUGCAGCGCCUCGCGCUCCUCUCCUCGCGCUACACACACGCCUCGGCGCCACUGUCCUCUGCUGCUGCUCAAGGCGCCGCUGAGAAGUCGGCAGAGUCAGCCACUGGACAAAAUCAACAAAUCAUCUUCCCUAGGGAGGGUCCAGGAGUGAAUUAUGCACUUAACUGGGCUCUUUGCGCCAAGGGCAUUGCACCAAAAGGAGAGGCGUAUCGUAAUCUGAGAGGGUCCGAGCUGAAGAAGCUCAAUGCUAGUAUUCCAAAGCCAAGUUCAACCACCAAGGUUUAUGCUCGUGGUUCAUACACCGCGGGAGCUACAGAUAUUAGCAAAGCUCAGUUCAAUCGACUUUUCAAAGAGGUGACAGCAUUCCUUGCCAACUCUCAAAAGAUUUAUGUCCAUGAUGGUGCGGUUGGUUCAUCACCUUUGUCUGAUGCCAAAGUGCGGACCAUUUCUGACAAUCCGUCAAGUGCAUUGCUGUUCCGAAGCAUUCUAGAACCAGUUCCUACUCGCCAAGUUUCUUCACAAGUGUUUCCUUUUACAGUUUACAUUGCAUCAAACUACAGUCCAUCUGAUGUUGGCAGUGUUGGACUUUCUGCUGAGGAUAAGGCAGCCUUUGUAGUGAUCGAUUAUGAUCGCUCGGCCAUGAUCUUGGUGGGGAGUGCAUUUACAGAUGUUGAAACUAUCAAAAAGGCUUUGGCUGCCUUAACGGCACCCAGUGUCUUGUCUCGAGAUGCCCUUCCGCUGUCAGCACGUAUAUUGUCAAAUUUAGCAUUGAAGUACAAGCAGGAGCGGUAUGAUACUAUAUUUUGUGAAAAUACAUCAACAAGGCUCGUAAUUCAGGGAGGAGCAACAGUCGUCGUAUUUGCCCCAGAGUCGGUGAUCCAAAAGAACGCUGGAGUUCUGAAAGCAGCAGUAUCGCCUGAUCUUGGUGUAGUUUGGAGCAAGGAAGGGGUGGCCCGCCUUUUUGCGAGCAAAGACGCUGGGGCUCCCAACCUUUACAAAGCUCCUUCUUCCGUGGUGUUGGUAACCGCCGACAGUUCUGGAGCUAUUCCUGAAAUCUCGAAGGUCACGCCGGAAAAGGCGGGAGCAUUGUUCGUAGCAGGCUACAAUGGAGAUGAUUUUCAACCCGGUUAUCAAGCAGGUCCAGGGUCAGUGGAUCCAGUUGAGCUUGGAAAGGGAUUUACAGCAAUGUUGGAGAGCACAAACGUUCCAGCGUUUUUGGUAAACGCCAGCGUCUUAGCAGAGAAUGACCUCCUGAGUUACAUCGAAUCAACAGUUUCGGAGAAAUUGCCCAAGAGCAAGGGGAAGAAGCCUUCUGUCACAGCAGGUACUGGGCAGCCAAGCGCUGCCCCUGUCUCUGAAUCUAAGACACCUCAAUAAGGUCUUUAAGUGAACGCUCUUAGGUCGAAGUACAAGGAGUUCGUCGACAGAAGGUUUCCAGGCUUGCCAAAGGAGUUGAAUGUUUGAUGACGACGAGGAUAUGCUGAUCAAUAGCAUCACAUCAGGAACUAUUUUCUUGCUGUAAAUUAGUUGGUCAUUCCAAAGGAAAGGACAAGCUUGAGUCCGGUUGUCUUGAUUCAGUCUCAAGGGUACAUCAUGCCCUCAGUUAAAUAAAUGCAAAAUGGUGGGUUACGUUUUACUGACA